AUGCAUAAUCCGAAUGACGUCAGCCAUACUUUCGUCCAUGGCUUCGGCUCCUUAGCCAGCUUUAUCGCCAGUGAUGAAGAUCACAGCACAGCAAUCUACAAGCGAUUCGACGAUCUAGCAGCACGAAAUCUACUGUACUACCAAAGUGAGCUUGCUGAGCUUGCCGCACUUCAGCAACAAUAUGAUCUCGAAGAUGCUCGGAAUUCGGAGGAUGAGAAGACCGCCCUAGAUGUCCGGGAGCAUAGCCAAGAUUGGUCGACCUUUCAGGGCGACUGCAUAGCUCAGUCGCUGAUCUCAGCACAGCAAUCGACCUCAAGCAGCUCUUCUGUCGAUGACAGAUGGCAAAAGCGAUACAAGCUUGCCAUGGACAUUCGUGAGGUCCUGAAAGCUUACCGAGAGGCUAAACUACAGGAGAACGCCAUUCUAGCCCUUCACCAACCAACGAAACAGACACUGACUGCGUUCGCAAACCACUAUCACGGUCGCUCAGGCUCGGGUACCGCGCAUCCGAUGCUGACUGGGGCGAGUGCUUCCCUAUACCCCUUGGAUUUGACCUCAUCGCAAAUCCCAGCGACGGAUCUGGUUUCGCUGGGCCCUCACCAAGAACCGGAUCUAUUGACUACUUCGUUCAAGCGAUACCUCUCUUGCUUGUUCCGUACCAAACAGCCGCCGGCGUUGCCACAAUACAACGAGCUACCCAGGAUCACACAUCCAGUCCGAGCUCAGAUGCGGCAGUACUCGUCACGCAGCCUGUCGUUCACAACGUCGUUCAUUACGACGUUACUCGCGGCCAUCUUACUGUUCGUCCCGAUAUACGUGUUGUAUAAUGUCUCACGCGAGAAGCCAGGCCUGGUAAUGGGUUUGAUCGCACUAUUCACGAUUCUGUUUGCACUGGCGAUCGCCUUUACCACCAACGCCCGGCGCGCUGAGAUAUUCGGCGCGUGCGCAGCCUAUGCGGCGGUACUGGUAGUCUUCGUCAGUGGAGAUUUUGCUGCCUCUAGUGGCUGA